AUGGAUAAUUCCGCACAGCACGAUGAGGUCGUGUCCCAGUUCUGUGCUAUGACGGGUGUUCAAGCAUCUGAGGCCCAGAGGUAUCUUGCUGCCAGCGAGUGGGAUAUCGAAGCAGCUGUAACCGAAUUUUUCACAGAGCAGGACGAAGCCAUGCAGGAUGCCUCUGCCACUGGCCACCGACUAGAUACAGACAACCCUUCAGAUACAACAAAAGCUGAAGCAGCAGCUCAUCAACCGUCCUCUUCUGCCACGGCUGGGUCUUCGUCGGCACAUAAACGCACAGGGCCUACCAAGAAGUUUGCGACAAUGGGAGACUUCCAAUCACACAGUGGUGCCGAUUCAUCGGAUGACGAUGGUUCAGAUGAUCAGGAUUUUUUUGCAGGAGGAGAGAAGUCCGGCCUAGCUGUGCAGAAUCCAGAUGAGUUGAAAAGGAAGAUCCUCGAAAAGGCCCGGAGAGCCCAGCCUCCAACUCAAGAGGACUCUCGGUCACGACCCUCGCACUUUACUGGUACUGCUCGUACACUUGGAGGCGACGAUGCCCCUAGUCGGGUUAUCCAAGACUCCACCAGCCCAGUGCCUCCCAGUCCGCAGCGUGUCCAGCGGACUCUCCACUUCUGGGCUGAUGGGUUUUCAGUCGAUGAUGGCGAGCUUUACGCGAGUGCCGACCCACGUAAUGCCGACAUCCUAGAAGGUAUUCGCCAGGGCCGUGCUCCCCUCGGGAUUAUGAACGUUCAAGCCGGACAGGAGGUUGAUGUUGAACUGAAACAGCAUGAAGAAAAAUAUUCGAAGCCCAAGCCCCAGUACAAGCCGUUUUCUGGAUCUGGUCAGCGUCUCGGCAGCCCGACCCCUGGUGUCCAAGGUCAGGUUUCUACAGCUACCUCUGCCGCCGCCCCAUCUUCCACUGAACCACCCAAGCCUGAAGUGGAUGAGUCGCAGCCUAUUGUUACUAUUCAAAUUCGUUUGGGUGAUGGCACCCGCAUGGUCUCCCGCUUCAACACUACGGCCACCAUUGGUGAUGUAUACGGAUUUGUGACCUCGGCUACCACAGACAGCCGAGACCGCGCAUGGGUUUUGAUGACUACGUUCCCCAGCAAGGAGUUGAAUAACAAGUCGGCCGUGUUAGGCGAUCUUGCAGAAUUCAAGCGCGGUGGCGUGGUCGUUCAGAAAUGGUCCUAG